ACUCCUGGCAGGGAACAGCCGCCCCCUCCCCUGCGCAGGGAACAGCCGCCCCGCCCCUGCGCAGGGAACAGCCGCCCCUCCCCUGCGCAAAGAACAGCCUGUCUCCCCCUGCGCAGGGAACAGCCACCCCUCCCUUGAGCAGAGAACAGCCUGUCUCUCCCAUGCGCAGGGAACUGCUCCCUACCGAGCUGCCUCACCUGCCGUCCCUGUCUAAGUCCUGCAGCAAGGAGCCAGCAGAACAAGAUUCCCCUCCCAGCAGGAGCCCGCCCCCCUCUGAGAAGUCCUACCAGUGCCCCUUGUGUAGUCAGAACUUCAGACAGAGCUCGGACCUGCAGCGGCACCGGCGCAUCCACACGGGAGAGAAGCCUUUCCACUGCCCGGUGUGCGAGAAGAGCUUCCGGCUGCAGUCCAACCUGAUCGUGCACCAGCGCACCCACACCGGGGAGCGGCCCUACCAGUGCGGGGAGUGCGGCCGCGCCUUCUCGCAGAGCUCCAACCUCCUGACCCACAGCAAGAUCCACUUGGGCCAGAAGCCCUAUGCCUGCUUCGAGUGCGGCAAGAGCUUCCACCACAGCUCCAACCUCAUCAUCCACCAGCGCACCCACACCGGCGAGCGGCCCUACGAGUGCAGCGUCUGCGCCAAGCGCUUCAGCGACCGCUCCACCCUGGUGCAGCACCGGCGCCUCCACACGGGCGAGCGCCCCUACGCCUGCUCUGAGUGCGGCAAGUGCUUCAGCCAAGCCUCACACUUGGUCAAACACCGACGCACCCACGCGGGCCCCUGCACCAAGAAUAGCGCUGCCCCCAGAAAAGCACCAGUCACAGCGGUGGAGAGAAACAGUCCCAACAAUGGGGCAGCCGUUGGGGAGAAGAGAACUACCCCCACUCAUGGGCUGAGUGAGAGGACUGCCACGCCCCAAAAUGGAGCAGCUAUAGGGGAGGAAAGAGCAGCCCGGAAAGAUACACCCACUGUGGGGAAGGAUAGAGCCACCCAGGAAGUGGGUUCAGAGGGGGAGAAGGACAAAGCGGCUCAGAAAGUUGCUUUGGCCACAAAGGAGAUAGCCGCCCCCAAACACAUGCUGGCCAGGGGGAUGGAGAGGGCGGCAACAAAGGACCCGCUGGCCGCAAGGAAGGAAAGGGUGACCCUCACACCUGGGCUGGGUGAGUUGAGAGCUGCCCCCAUACACAGGCAGGGCACAGGGGAGGACAGAGCCACUCCAAAAGAUGUGCCAGCCAUGGGGGGAAAGAGAGCACUGACUCCAGGUGCACCAGCCGUGCAUGAGGAGAGAGAUGCCCUGAAAGAUGCACUGAGGGCAGGGAAGGACAAACCAGCAACAAACCACCCAUCAGCUGUGGAGAAGGGGAGAACUGCCCCCAAACUUGCGCUGACCAUGAGGCAGGGAAGAGCCGGCCCCAAACACACACUGGCCAUGGAGAAGGGGGGAGUCAGCCCCAAACACACACUGGCCAUGGGGAAAGGGAGAGCCGGCCCUGAACACGCAUUGGCCACAGGGAAGGAGAAAGUCAGCCGCAAACACGCACUGGCCACGGGGAAAGGGAGAGCCGGCCCUGAACACGCACUGGCCACGGGGAAAGGGAGGGCCGGCCCUGAACACGCACUGGCCACGGGGAAAGGGAGAGCCGGCCCUGAACAUGCACUGGCUAUGCGGCGGGGGAAAGCCGGCCCCAAAUAUGCACUUGCCAAAGGGAAGGGGCGAGCCGGCCCCAAACAUGCACUUGCCACGGGGAAGGGGAGAGCUGGCCCCAAACAUGCACUGGCCACGGGGCAGAGGAAAGCUGGCCCCAAACAUGCACUGCCCACGGGGAAAAAGGGAAAUGCCCCCAAAAACACAUUGGCCACGGGGAAGGAGAGAGCCGGCCCCAAACAUGCCCUGGCCACGGGGAAGGGGAGAGCCAGCCCCAAACACGCACUGGCCACGGGGCAGGGGAAAGCCGGCCCCAAACACGCACUGGCCACGGGGCAGGGGAGAGCCGGCCCCAAACACGCACUGGCCACGGGGCAGGGGAGAGCCGGCCCCAAACACGCACUGGCCACGGGGCAGGGGAGAGCCGGCCCCAAUUACAUACCAGGCACACGGGAGCGCAGACGGCAGGGGAACCCUCUCAUGUCACUGCGUGAUAGGGGCAGGGAUGGCUCACAGAGGGAACAGACUCUGAGGAGCCCUGUCACUGCACGGUAGGGUCCGGGCUGGCUUCUUUGGACAUGCAUUCAGCUGGCUUUUCACUGACUCGGUGUGAAACCCCAUCAAUGUGCAGGAGGGCAGUAAUGCCAAUGCCAUAGGCUCACACUUAGGCAGCAGCGGAGAAGCCGGCCUGGCGUGGGAUGCACUAACAGCUCGGAGAGGACGGGCAGCACGAAGGCACUUCUGGCACCGCAGAGCGUGUCCCCCAUCCCCCGGGACCGGAGCUGACAGAGCAAGUGGCUGGCACGUAAAAUGCAAACACAGACAUCUCUCGCUUGGGGCAGGGGGAGGAGGAGGCUGAAAUCUUGGCAGGCAACAGGAAGGGAGAGUUGGGUGAAUUUUAAACUCUCAAACUGGGCCCUGAGCCAAGGGAGUGUAAAAGAAGCCCUAGAAAUCUCCCUUUUUGUGGAAUUAAAAUGAGACGAAUGGUUCCGGUGUGACCAGCUCUUGUGAUCUGUGGGCUGUCUCUUAAAGCCCCAGCUCUGCUUUUAUAUAUAAAAAGAAAAUCUGUGUCUAGCCCAAUGACUGGGGAGAAAAAUCAAGGAAACUCCAACCCCAUUGGCUACGACGCAAAUCACUCCAUGUUAAUUUAUUUUAUUUUAUUAAAUCUCACGAUUUUUUAAAA